UUCAAGUACAGGUACUUCUGUAGCCUGUGUAUUGAUGCGGGAUACUGGGUACUCGAUACCGUGUCCUUGGUCAGCCUCCCAAAGUUUCCCCAAUGGACACAGCCGCGAGAUCCAUUGCAUUGACCGUUCGUCAUCGCAACAACUCCCAAUUGCACUAGUCAUUCCACGUCGACGAUCCACGACAAAGAGGUAUCCGCCGUCCUUCUGCGCCGCGCAUCCACAGAAUGGCCUCUCUCAAGCGAAAACGACACCGAGGCGGAACCGAUUCAGGUACGAGCUCCUCUGAGGCUGCGGCGGCGGCGGGUGGUGUUGGCGCCGCUACCGCUGCUGCUCCAUUGGCUUCAGGUUCCCCUGUAACCAGGGCGCGCCGAGCGACACGCCAGACAUCGACCGCCCCACUCCCCGUGCUUCCCGACCCGGAACCACCCCGACGGCGCCGACGCCGGGACAGCACUGGCACUGGCACUGGCACUGGCACUGGCCUUGCCACUGACCGGCAGUCUCCCACGUCACCACCACUACUACCACCACCAGGACCACCACCACCACCACCACCGCCGGCCCACCGCGACAAGGAAAACAUACCGAUGCAGUCCAACUCGCAUCACGGACAUGCUCCAAUCAUCAAGACUCGUCUGACGCGCCACACCGGCUUUGACUUUGACCCGCCAUCAUCCGUGCCCACGCCGCCCAGUUCCAGUUCCAAUUCAAACUCCAACUCCAAUUCCAGCUCGCAUCCUCCGCGACCCCACGCCGCCAGCUCCCACUCGUCGUCCAAUUCUUCCCAUUCCGGUCCCCGUGCAAUCACACCCGCCCGAUCAAUCACCAUCAAGACCUCGACAUCAACAGCCCAUCAAUCACCCCUCGCACAUCCGCACCAGGCGCCGACUGCGUCUCCUCUACGUGCUCCUGCCCCCAACCCGACUACGAAAAUCCUCCCAGGCCCUCUCGCCGGAGGACAGGCACGACACGACUCGACAACAGCUCAUGGCCAUGGCCGCUCCGCUACGGGGCCCGUGGUGCUUCCACACCACAGUAUAGUCGGGCAAAACAAGACCAUCUCCAUGGCACCCUCAGUACCACCACCGACACAACAUCAGCAACAACAGCAACAACAACAACAACAACACACACAUCGCUCACCCAUUGCGAGGCCUGGCCCGAGUGGCGGCAAAUCAGACAGACCCGAGCGGGCACCCGGCGAGCGGCCAGACCGUAACAUCGACAAGGUCGUGUUGGGUGACAUAUGCUUCCGGGCAUGGUACCCUUCCUACUACGGAAAGGAGGUUCUCGGUGAAGGCCCGCCUAGUGUUGGCACGACGAUUGCCAAUGGGACAAACCCUUCGAAUCAGGCGGCACAUGGACACCAACCCCACCACCAGCCGCCUAUGCUCGACCGCCUUUACGUGUGCCCGUGUUGUUUCAAGUACUCCAAGGAGCUGGUUGCCUGGAGGAGACAUGUCUGCUUGUGUGAGGCUCGGGGCCACAUUCCCGGAACCAAGGUCUAUGUGCACCCAAAAGGGCGGCGGACAGUUCUCGUACCGACAGGGCCGGCUCCAAAGCCUGGAAGAGGUAAACGUGGAAGUAUCGGGCAGAAGAUGGUCGAGGAGGUGAUCCAGGAUGAAGGGGAAUGGACUAUUUGGAAGGUAGAUGGGGCAGAGGACAUGCUCUUCUGCCAAAACCUUUCCCUAUUUGCCAAACUUUUCCUGGACAACAAGUCGGUGUUUUUCGAUGUUAGUGGCUUCCACUACUUCCUGCUUGUCUUCACUCCGCCUGAUCCCCCGACGGACCCGGACUCAGACGUGACCGAGGUCGUCAAGCCUCGUGGUCAAGUCGUUGGUUUCUUCUCCAAAGAGAAGAUGUCAUGGGAUAACAACAACCUCGCAUGUAUCCUCAUCUUCCCGCCUUGGCAGCGCAAAGGUCUGGGUGCGCUCCUCAUGGGUGUCUCGUACGAGAUAUCUCGACGUGAGGGGAUCAUUGGCGGGCCCGAAAAGCCCAUCUCGGAACUCGGCAAAAAGGGGUACAAGCGCUUUUGGGCCGGCGAAAUAGCCCGUUGGCUCCUCAGUUUGGAGCCGACAGGCACGACACCAGGCGAGGAAACGGUUGUCGACAUUGAAGAUUGCAGCAAGGCAACGUGGAUAGCCCCAGAUGAUUGCUUAGCGGUGCUCAGAGAGAUGGAUGUUGCCGAAGACGCGGGUAAGGGUCCUCCUAAGCCCAAGAUACACGAACCUAGCGAGGAAGAAGUGGGCACCACCCCUUCGGAAGCACCAGCACCAGCCCCAGCAGCUGCAGCAGCAGUAGUAGUGGAGGAUGUGCCGCGGGUUCGAAUCACACUGGAAGCUGUGCACAACUGGGUGACGCGGAACCGCAUUAGCUUGGAAAGGACCUGCGAUCCGGCGGGCUUUAUCGACGACUUCGUCAUGGAGGAGCCUUCUUCAGAGGAAGAGGGAUAAAGAACCUCACAAACCAAGUGACUGCCGGUGCUGCCUAGCUGAUUAUACUAGGCGUCCGCGGCAGCUCUGUUUGUAUAACAACAUUUCAGCAGGAGACGGAUAGCCUGCAAAUCCCAUGCGGAAAAAAAUCCUGCUAACUCGGCUUCCUGCUGGACAAUUAUCUACCUAGGUUGCGCGUUGUAUUAUGGGUAAGAAGCCAUUGGCUCAAUUUCCAAUAUGCUUUACGGCUGCGCUCCUAAUGGUCGAUGUCUUGGUGACAGCGGCGGAGUCUCUGGUGAGGAAAGGAUCACUUUGCCAAAAACGACAUUUGACUAUGUUUACCAGUUUGUACCAGCGAUACGAACCACUUGCUCCCAGGAACCACAGCAACGGUUUCAGCAAGUUUGCUGCUCAGUUCAUUGAUGGACAUUGCGAUGUAUUGUAUUCAUCAUAGUCGGUCGGUGCAUUGUACCAACAACCUCAGGAGAUACAAAGCGCUACUCAAAGGACGAGCGCCAAGCCACGGGGAUCUAGCAUGACACAUCCCGCGCACAACUAGGGAAUUCAUUCCAGGGGUGAAGUGCCCUGCUUUCAGAAAAAGCAUUGCCCAGAAGGAAGGUGGCAGAUUUCUACGUUCUAUCAUUAGCACACUGCUUCACGUGUGCGCUUGGUUUCCAGGGAUCGGAUACCGAGGAGGAGAGAGAGAUAGAGAGAGAGAGACCUAAAGAACGGGUCAAGGAGGCUCUCUCAGAGUUUAGGGAACUAAGAACUACCGCUCUACUCGCUACGAGGAACAACAAUAUCACAUGAAGAACUUCCAUCUUUCCAGUUCGCGCAUAGCCCGUCAUGACAAGAUGGCAGAACUGUCGAAUAAUGUGCCGGAUUAUCUGAAGAUACAGUUUAUCGCUAUGCUCCGACUCUUCUGGCUUGGCUCCCUGUAUCAUACACUCGACGUUAUAACUCAUUGUAUCUUUGUCGUUAAACGUUUGCGUGAGCUACUUACCAGCUCUCAGAUAUCAAUGUCCUCUGGAAGAGUUGACACAUGCGGACGGUAUCGUACACAACCAGGGGGGAUAUGAAAGGUGGUUACCAGAGUUGUGAAUACAAACAAACACUUAGAUAUAAGAAGACGACCCUUUUUCAAUAUCGAUACCAA